AUGAAGAAGAAUAGCAGCUCGGAAGAAGAAGUGUCGGCUAUAGUGAAGACGAUCGUGGAACAAUGCAGCAAAGUUAAAACGUAUGUUUCGUCUGGAAAGGUAAACGAUUUACCAAAAGACCUGCUGCCUUCCCAAGAUGUCGACAUGAUACAUGAUAUGUUUAGCUCUUAUCCUCCUAAUCAUCAGUUUGCGAAAGGCUCGAUAUAUUAUGACUGCAAAGUAAGUACCUUGAAGCAUUUAAAAGCAUUUUACAAACUAUCAAGUAUGCGUGAAAUCCUUCAAGGAAAAUCGUUUAAUUGCUUUCCGCUGAGGAGGACAUUCAUUCCAUCCUAUAUGACUAUCGACGCUUAUCUUAAACACGCAAAUUUUGAAAAACCCUGUUACCAGCCAUUUGGACAAAGAAAUACAAAGGCAAUGAAGUCACAGGGUGAAAGAAAAACAAUGAUGCUUAGAGGCAUGCUGUUCACUGAUGGUGUUGGUAUGUCUGUGUUGAAACAAAAUGAUGAUACGAAGAAGGGCGGUGGUGGUGCUGGUAGAAGAACGAAAGCAGUGGAUGAAGAAGAUUUCAAAUACGUAGAAAAGUUGGAAAAAAGAAGAGAUAUUGGCUGGUGUCGGCAAGUAGCAAUUGAAACAAAGUCAAGAAAAUUCAAGAAGCUCCGGGAGAGCUUGAAGCCUGAUGAUGUCAGAGCUGCCAAAGCAUCAUUGUCAAAGUGCAAAUCUUCAACAGUUAAUGGAGACAAAUUUGCCAAGUACCUUCAGGAAAGAGCAGCAGUAACACCAGUCUUGGUUAAGUAUUAUGCAAAUGUAGAUAUUCCUGCUGUAGAAACAAACUUGUUGCCGUUUCGAAAAAUGAAGCUUUCCAGCUUCAUAAAUGGACAGCAAGCAGAUAAACGACUGGCCAGGAAUCUGAUAACAAAGUUCGGUGAUGACGCUACCCUGAUAAUUGGCAACUGGUCUGCCGGAAAUGUCAAGUUCCACGAGCCCAUUAGAGACGUUGGAAUGAGAAGGAUGCUAGCUAAACAAGGGUUCAAGAUAUACCUUCUUGAUGAGUGUAAAACAUCUAGCUUGUGUCCUACAUGUCUGAGCGGUGAACUUGAAAGUUCAAAAAAGUUCAAAAUUCAAGACCUUUCCAGAGAGAAAAGCAACCAACUGUAACAUGGCAUGGCCUUUUAGGGUGAUUCGUUUCUGUGUUUAUAAAUCCAACUCUUAUAUUUAUUAUUUAGGUGCAAAAACCAACAAUGUUUGGAGACCAGGCUGGUACAAUUUCUCGUCGUCGUCUUUGGAACCGUG